AUGAUUGGGGCAGUGUUCGACUGGUUCGGGGGCAGCCGGUUCGCCCAGUGGGAACUCGUUGAUGCGAGAGGCCCGGCAGAAGCUCGAAAGCUGGUAGCGUUUUGGGCUUGCCUGCCUGUUUUGCUGAUGCUCGGUUUUUUGAAGCUUUUGGAUUUGGGACAACUGGAAUGGUCCAGUGGUCCGCCUUUACCGGUUUCGUGCGCGGGGCAUAGCUUGAUUGUAUCCGACAAGACACUCAUCGCUCUCGUUGGGAUCCCAUCAGAUGUGAAGUUGCGUGUUUAUAAAAUGGACACCACCCUCGCAACUGGCUGGUCACUUUUAGCCACGUCAGGAGAAGCUCCGGUUGCAACACGCGGUCACUCUGCUAGCAUGAUUGAUAACAAAACAUGGGUGUUCGGUGGCGAAACUUUUUGCGGUGACUUAUGCAAUGGAAUGCACAUCCUCGAUUUGAACAGCAACAAGUGGGAGGCGGUUAAUUCAAGCGGGUGCGUUCCAUGUCCCCGUUCAUUUCACGGGGUUGCUGUGAGUAAUGGCGGUCUUGUGUACCUCUUUGGUGGCCGUAUAGCGUCCGGUUUCUGCCAGGACGUUUAUGUUCUGGAUCCUAAAGACCGGCACUGGUCCCCGUGUUCUCGUAUGCUUAAACCGGGGGCAUGUUUUGGAAAUGCUGUGGUUGGAGACGAAUGCUACUUCGUAGGCGGCAAACAAGAAACGUUUCUCUUCAACAUGAAAACGCUUAACUGGACACUCGUGGCUGUGGAACCACGUCUCGCUACCGAGGGCCUGACUCUAGUGCACGCAAGAAUGAAUAGUCAAGACACUCUGAUAGCCUUGUGGGGUGCGGAGUUCGGUGUUUUCAUGAUGAAGACUAUGUCGUCCUACCGUGUGCCACUGAAAGCAGACACUGGAUUGAUCCAUGUCAGGGAAGCAGAUGGGUCAGUCCUUGGCGUGUUCAGUGCUCCCGAUGUGGGAAAGCCGGCAGUGGAGAUUAUCCAAGCUCUCCACUGGCAAACUGGUCAGACUGGCGGUUUGAUGAGAGCUAUCACGAAAGUUGGCGUCACCGGUAGCGAUCUUGUGUAUCCGGGGGAGGAACUAAUCUUUUGUGCUCCAAGCAUCCUCGGCCGUGGUCAGCUUGAUCUUAAUCUACAGUCCAUGGAUGUCAAGGAGUGCGAGAAAUUCCUUUCCCAGAUGAAGAUCAAGGUGAUUAGUGGACAGGGAUGGUUAGAGCCUUCCACGACUAUACAGGCGGAGGCCUUUAGCUGGAAACCGGGGACGAGAAAGGCGAUGAUCGACAGAAUAUUUGAGUACCUAGAUAACGUGAAUGUUCUAUAUCAAUGGUCGAUGAUGGGCUACCAACGUGGCAAAGUCGAGAAGAUAUCAAGCUCCUCUCCUUUCCCGUACAAGCUCACAUUUCAGCUUCCUCUAGAGCUCAGGUACUACUACCUUGGCGAUCUUGUCGCGGUGGCCCUGUGGGUGGAGCAGGAGAUUAACGAUAAGGGCAUGUGGAAGGCUCUGGUUUCGUUGCUAGCCUUGAACAUCAAGAACCAUACACUCAAGCCAUGGAUGGUGAUUACAGACCUGAAGGAAGAGUGGCACUUUGCUUGGAUGGACGGGGCAUGUAUGUUUGUGUGCAAAGCCAGGGGCAGGUAUGAAGGACUCGGCAUCCUUUAUGACUUGCAUCACGAUUAUGACAAAACACAUAUCAAUGAGGACCGUGGUCCGUUUUCAAGUCUGCCUACUGUCUUCACACGGGAUAGUAUUGGAUUAACUUGUGAUACUAGCCACAAGGAGGUGUAUCCCGUUGUUUUUCCCAGCGCCACAAAAGAUGGUGAGGCUUUGGUUCCCUUCUGGUUCCCGCCAGUUGAAGACCUUUACGGGGUUUAUGAAGAUGAUGAGGGUGUUGAAGAUGAUGAAGACGUUGGAGACGAUGAAGGCGUUGAAGAUGAUGAAGACGUUGGAGACGAUGAAAACUUUGAAAAUGAGGAUGAUGACCAAGACAACAAAGAUGAACCAACAGCUUCUGCCUGUUUUGAUUUCCAAAUGCAACGUUGGCCUAAACGACCCAGCAGUCGUGCCCGCACAGCCGCUGUUGCUCUUACUUGUGCAGCAGUGGAGAACAUGAGAACCUAG